GGCGUGGCCAUGGCGGCUAACGCGACCACGAACCCGUCUCAGCUCCUGCCACUAGAGCUCGUGGACAAGUGUAUAGGAUCCAGAAUUCACAUUGUGAUGAAGAGUGAUAAAGAAAUUGUUGGUACACUUCUAGGAUUUGAUGACUUUGUCAAUAUGGUGUUGGAAGAUGUCACUGAGUUUGAAAUUACACCAGAAGGAAGAAGGAUUACAAAAUUAGAUCAGAUUUUACUAAAUGGAAAUAAUAUAACAAUGCUGGUUCCUGGAGGAGAAGGGCCUGAAGUAUGAAUGGAUUUCCUUAUGCAAGAUUCUGGCUUUUUCUUAAACCUUUAAUGUCUAUAUUCUAUAAAAUGAAGUUUCCGUUAAAAGGAAAUACUUUGAAUAUAUACACCAUUUUUCUAAGCUAAUCAUGGUUAUUUUGAGAAAGGAAGAGGUUUGUUUUGUUUUUUAAAAGACUGAAAAAAUAAAGAUGUUUUUGGUUAAA